AUGACUCUCCAUCUCCUCUUCCAUUGUCCUUUCGCCAGUGAGGUAUGGAAGACGAGUCCUUUUGCAUAUGAGUUUGAUGAGGGCUUAAUCCAAGAUGUUGCGGAAGGAUUGAAUCUUGCCCGAGAAAGUUAUACUCUCUCGCCGAUAGGGUUAGACAAGGGUUUGUUGUUCCUGUGGAUCUGCUGGACAUUAUGGAUCUCCGGAAACCAAAAAAUCUUCAACUAUCAGUCUUUCUCGGAAGCAGAGGUGGUCCUCAAAGCAGUUUUGGAUGCCCGAGAGUGGCUUGAUGCCCAAUCAAUCACCCAACCUGCAAAGCUGAUCACAGAUCCGGAAACCCCACCUCAAAUCCAACUUGUACCCGAGGGUUUCAUCACCUGCUGCACAGACGCCACCUGGACUCCCCAAUCAGAAGUAGCAGGAUUAGGCUGGAUUUCUCCAGAAGCCAGCAUCCUCAAUCGGAACACUCUGCAUCACUCCUGA